AUAAGGAUACUACUUUUGUCUCUUAAGUCUCUAACUUUGAACCCCAAAUAAGUUCAAAAGUCAACGGUCUUCCCAAAUAAGUUCAGAUGUCAACGAUCUUCAAUAAUACACAAUGAAACAUUCUUAAUUAAUUAGCGAAACCGCAUGAUACAGCGACUUUGGCUAAUUAAUAAUCGAUCAAACCAAUGCAUAGCAUUCUUCACAUUAUGCUCUUUUGAUAUAUAUACCUCCACAUCCUUGUCCCACCAAACAACUAAAACCAGACUCAACAUUCUAUAUGGCUUCAAGAAAACCAAAGGCCAAAGCGGUUAAUCGUCAAUCCGUGAGGCACCAGAGUCACAGCCAUCCAUUGCGUGUCUUUAAAGCCAAAGAAGACGGUGAGACAGUUUGCUCAGGAUGCGAGCUCGAGCUGACCGGGCAAGCUUUCAAGUGCACAAAGUCCGAUUGCGAUUACUUAUUGCACAAGUCAUGUUUCGACCUUCCUGGUGAGACCAGUCACAAGUCUCACCAGGACCACCCUUUGAACUUGCUUUAUUCCCCACCAGAUGACGAAUCCGUCUACACUUGCAACGCAUGUGACCAGUACGGUUCUGGAUUCACUUACCAUUGCUCUAACUGCAAGUACAAUCUCCAUGUGGGAUGUGCGUCUCUCCCUGAAACCGUAGAGCGCGAAGAUCAUGAACAUCCACUCAUUCUUCUUUAUUGCACAUCGUGUAAAGGUCGUGAAGACACGGCCUUCAUUUGCAGCGUUUGCGAAGAGACCGUUUUGGAAGAUCUAUGGGUGUAUUACUGCAGAGAAUGUGACUAUGGAACACAUGUAUAUUCAUGUGCGGCAUACGAAGAUCAAGAAUCAAAUGAGGAGGAAGAAGGAGAAGCUAGUACUUCUCCAGCUUCUAGGAUAAAGUCGUUGAUGAAGGCUCAGGACGAGAUGGCAGCUAUGCAGCUAGAGGCACGUAUUAUGAAUGAUGCGAACGAGGCUGCGCUUGAUCUUUGGGAUCAACCAAAGCGGAGAUACUAUUGGUGAUCAACAAGGAAUUGAAGGAUAAUAUAUAUAAUUUUAUAAAUAAUAUAUAUGAAAUUGUGUGAUUGUUUCUUUCUUUGAUAAAGUUUAUUUUCAGAAUAAAAACCAAUAGAUAGAAGACAUAUCUCUUUCUUGUUUGGUUCUUGUUUAUUUGUGGGUGUGUGUUUUUUGUAAAGUUGUGUGUAUGUUGUUUAAGUCGCAAUAUAAUUUUCCUUGCUUUUUUUUUAAAGCUGGUUGCAUUUAUAUUGGUCCAACCAUUUACAGAUUCUGAAGAUAUAUUCUUACAUUUAUAUCUUACAACAUUAUUUUACUUGAUAAAAAUAAAGAAACAAAAUUUGGAAAUUACUGACUUGAUGUUAUUGAUCAAAGAUAUGGAAAAUGAUGAUUUUACUAAAGAGAAAUUUAGUUGAAUUAGUCAAAGAUAAUAUAAAAUUUUUACGAAACUACUGAAAUUGUGAUACCACAUAAGGGGUCGAUUUUUAAUUUAUAUUUGCAUUACAAAAUUAUUUGUU